AUGGGAGCUGGUGCGAGCACUCCCUCUGCGCCCCCAGCCGACUCGGCCGCAACAUGUCCCGUCGAUCAUAAAACCCGCGAGGCAUGGCUGCAACAACAGAAGCAGGCUUCUGCCGACGACAACACGCCCAAGUCCAAGUCCCAACGACCCCUAUCCUCAGAUCGCGAAGUGAGCACGAUCCCGCGCGCCUUCGAUCCCACGUCGGACCCGUCCGGAGCUGCCGCAGAGACUCCGUCCCCGUACGCCGCAUCGCACGGCACGCCAUCCAACGCGGAAGCCGAAACGGGCCACGACAAAUCAACAGGGAACUGGAUCUAUCCGUCCGAGAAGCAGUUCUUCGAAGCCCUCGUGCGCAAAGGCAACACGCCCGCCUCCACCAACUCUGCCUCCGAGCUAGCCACCAGCGUGGCGUCCAUCAUCCCCAUCCACAACGCAGUCAACGAACGGGCCUGGAAGCAGAUUCUGGACUGGGAGAGCCGCGCGCCCGCGUCGGACCCCGGGAGUCGGAAGUGCGGCGGGCCCCGUCUGUAUUCAUUCAAGGGACUGGGCGUCGACCCGGAGUUCUUGAGCCCUCGCGCCCGCUUCAACAACUUGAUGUUGGGCUACCAGCUUCCCUUUGAUCGACAUGACUGGGUGGUGGAGCGGUGCGGUGGGGAACGCGUCGAGUACGUGAUUGACUUCUACCAGGGGAAGACCUCUGGGCCGCAGGGUGCCGGCCUGUCGAACAAUGCCGGGUCGGGGAAGCUGAGCUUUUACCUGGAUGUGCGCCCUAAACUCAACACCGUGGAAGGGUGUCGGAUGAGGUUCAGCCGCUUCGCUGGGCUGUAG